GACCACACCGGGGAGGGGCGGAGCUGCGCGUGCGCACAGCUAAGGCGCGCCCCUGGCGGCCGUUGAAAAAUGGCGACUGUCACCGAGCUGAAGGCUGUAUUAAAGGACACUUUGGAGAAAAAGGGAGUGUUAGGUCAUUUAAAGGCAAGGAUCCGAGCUGAAGUUUUCAAUGCCCUAGAUGAUGAACGUGAACCUCGGCCGCCGUUGUCUCAUGAAAACCUUCUAAUUAACGAAUUAAUUCGGGAGUAUUUGGAAUUCAACAAAUAUAAGUAUACAGCGUCUGUCCUCAUAGCAGAAUCUGGUCAACCUGUAGUUCCCUUGGACAGACAAUUUCUCAUCCGUGAAUUAAAUGCAUUUGAAGAAUCAAAGGAUAAUACAAUACCUCUUUUGUAUGGGAUUUUAUCUCAUUUCUUACAUGGAACUAAGGAUGGGAUCCAAAAUGCACUUCUGAAAGGGUCUUCACUUCAGCCUCCAAAUCCAAGUGUGGGCAGACAAGCCAGUGGAGGAAAGCUAACAGACAACCACCUAAGCAACGAGACAGGGAAAAGUACAAAUGUUCAAGAGCUUCGUGUUUCUCAAGCAGUGAAGAGAUGACAUUUCCACUUGGGGUAUCAUUUGUUUUAAAAUUAGCAUUUGGCUUCUACUGGAAGAUUUAAUUAAAAGGUAAAGGGGGAAAUAAUUCUUUUAAUAUUGCUAUAAUACAAAGAGUUUAUUUUGUUAUAUAAAGAAUGUGAAAUAAGCAUGAAGAGACAGGCUUUGGGAGAAGUACCAGAAAAUGCUUGUUAAAAGAUGGCAUUGUUUAACCUCCUUGUGGCACCCUGCUAUGCAGUUACAGACGAGCUAUGAAAGGGCUAACCCCUACUUAUUUGGGCUCCAAAAGUCUUAUUAAAGGUCAAUUUUUAUUCCUGGGCUAGGCAGAUAUUAAGAGCUCUUAAGUACUAUCUGUAAAAUGGUACGUUGAUAUUUAUUAAUAAUUUUUAAUGGAGCAUUUAUAGCCCAUCUCACUGAAAACAACUGACUGUUACGAUUGACAGGUCCUGAUUGGCAAAAGUCACGUGGUAUUCUUGGGACAGACCUCUGCCGGGUACUUGCACACUGACUGUCAGCUCAAGUGUUUUCCACAGUCAUGAGUGAUAGGGGCUGUAGUUGGCAAAAUUGGCAUUCUCUAUGGGGUGUUGAUUCUGUGUUAUCUUUGAAAAUUAUAAACUCCAUUUUUUAAAGGAAUUAUUUAUGUAUUUAUUUAAUUGCAUUUGUUAUUGUUAUUUUUUUAACUUGUCCAGAGAGAGAGAAUUCAGCGCCUUUAACCACCAUGCCACCUGCCAGCCCCGUCGAAACUCCUUUUUGUGAUGCUAGUCAGUGUUCACUCCUUCCAGAAUAAUCAGAAAUUUUUUUCUCAAUGCAGAAUUUUUUUUUUUAAUUGUUUUAGAGAGAUUUUUGCUAUAAGG